AUGCUUAUGUUCAAAGAAUUCCUACGUACAUUAUUUUCUGAUAAAUGUCGUUUAAUAUCUCUUGACGUUGAUAUAUCAAAUGAUGAUAGUGCCGUUGAUAUUCAUGGAUGUUUUUCAUUAUCUUCUAUUUCAAUUAACAAUGUAGUUGUUACUCAUUGUAUGACUCUUCGUUAUUUACAUAUUCAUUUAAUUUAUGGUUAUUUUCUUGAACAUAUUAUUGAGCAUGUACCUAUUCUUGAGACUCUUUCAGUUAUAUUCAAAGAUUCGUUAAUGAAAGAAUCAUCAUAUAAACCAAAGAUGAAACGAUUUGCAUCAACUAUUCUCAAUUGGUAUGAAAAGAUGCCAAAAUUAAAAUGUUUUUCUUUAAAAAGUGUUAUUCUCGACGACUUGCAAUUAGUUUAUUUAAAAUGGAUUAUUAAUAAUGUAUAUUACAUUGAAAAGCUAAAAGUUCGUUUAGAUAUAGAAACUCGAACAAAUGAAACUAAAGUUAUUGAUGUAAAUUAUCGUCGUGAAUAUAUAAUGCCUGAUAUAUUAAUUCAUUUGAUCGAUUUCGAUUUUUAUAUUGUAUCGAAAUGCAAAUUAUUAUUUGAAAAUGAUAUUGAAAAAAUAAUUGAUUCGUUUAAAAAUGAUCGAAUUUUUAUUGAUCAUCAUUGGACAAAUGUUAAAUGUUAUUUUGAUAGAGUUUUAUUAUGUCAACAUAUAUCAUCAGUCAGAAUAAUUAAAUCGAAAUUAUUUGACGAUAUUAUUCAUUUAGCAUAUUCGACGUUUUUGCAGUCAUCAUUGGACAUAGCAGAUGAUAUUCAUUUUCAAUACGUUACAAGACUUGAUUUUGGUUCUGGUUUUUGGCGUGGUUCUGGUAAAUUACAAUUUUAUUUUUGUGGUUAUCCGAAAUAA